AUGUGCAUGCGCGGUCCGAAUGAAGAGGGUGUCAUUGCGAGGACUCCCGAGGAGCAUGACAAGGAUAACUGUCCGCCUGAGCACGUCUACGUGAACCGUAGUGGUCGGUGCAUUCCGAUCUGUGCAGCUGGACAAGGCAUCAAGCAGGUCGAUCGCGAAUCCGCCUCAACUGCUCUCUUCGUGCUGUCCAUCAUCAGUCUUGUGAUCACUGCCAUUUGUGUACUGACGUUUGUUAUGCGACGUCACUGCCUCACUGCCCUUCCCGAGACGAGUCUUCUCUGGACGGCUCUCUCCUUUGCUUUGAGUUCCAUCGUCUACCUCUUCAGUCUGCUGUACCGUGAACAGAUAUCCUGCACCGAUUACUCAUCUCAUUUGCUGUUCGUCGUCGGCGACCUUCCCCACACUCCAUGUGCUUGCGUCGCAGCGCUGCUCUACUACUUCGGCACCGCGGGCCGUCUGUGGUGGCUUGUGCUUUUGCUGCUAUUGAACAGCAAACUACACGUAUCGGGAACUGGAUUAGAAAAAUACCGCGUACAAAUCCAAGUACUCGCUUGGGCAGCGCCAUUGGGCUUGGUGCUAUUCGCGCUUAUGGCUCGAAGCACAGGUGCUGAUCCGCUAAGUGGAGCUAUCAUUUGUGAACGAUGCUUGGCAACCAUCAAUGCAUUGGACACGCAGUUGGAACAUCGUGUCAGCGCUGAAGAUUCUCAUCGACCCAGUUUUGGGGGUGCUGGCAGCUUCUGCUUGCCUACUACACAUCAUUAUCAACCUAUGCCGCGCAAU